AAAUAAUUCACUCUAUCUCUCUUUGUGUGUGACUAAUUUGAGAUCUCUCAUAAAUAAGCAAAUCCUGAUGUAAGAAAGGGCAUACACCCUUCUUUCUGAGAAUGACAAUGCAGGCAGGGGACCUCUGCCAGCAACAAAAUACACAUUCUCCCCUCACUUUCUUCUCUUCAAUUUCGGAUUUUGCUUCCUUCACCGGAGGCUUGUUUCUCGACCCCAAAGUUCCCGAUUCCUUUCUUCGUUCCGUUUCCUUCAAGAUUCACGCCGCCGCUUCUUCCCAAUCCAACACUCACCGCCAACGGAGGAGGGUUCCGGUCGGCUGUUUUUUGUCAGUGAGCUUGCCCACUGCAAAGCUCGUCACCGAACCCAAUUUGCCAAAUGGCGAACACGUGUCCAACCAGGACACCACCUCCAACGGCGUCGUUCAGCAAAGAAAGGUUAAGGUGCGAGGAGGCAAUGCCGUCAACACCACCAAGCAUCUCUGGGCUGGUGCUAUUGCUGCUAUGGUGUCUAGAACUUGUGUUGCUCCACUUGAAAGACUGAAGUUGGAAUACAUAGUCCGUGGUGAGAAGAGGAAUAUAUUCGAGCUUAUUAGCAAAAUUGCUGCUUCUCAAGGGUUGAGAGGCUUUUGGAAAGGGAACCUUGUAAAUAUUCUGCGAACAGCUCCAUUCAAAGCGGUUAAUUUCUGUGCCUACGAUACUUAUAGAAAGCAGUUGCUGAGGUUCUCUGGGAAUGAGGAAACUACUAAUUUUGAGAGGUUUAUUGCUGGUGCUGCUGCUGGGAUUACUGCUACCAUUAUUUGCCUUCCACUUGACACGAUCCGAACCAAGUUGGUGGCACCUGGUGGAGAAGCUUUGGGUGGUGUAAUUGGUGCUUUCCAAUACAUGAUUCGAACUGAAGGAUUCUUUUCUCUUUACAAGGGUUUAGUACCAUCAAUUAUAAGUAUGGCUCCUUCUGGUGCAGUUUUUUAUGGCGUAUAUGAUAUACUCAAAUCAGCUUAUCUGCAUUCACCGGAAGGAAAGAAGAGAAUUCAGAAUAUGCAUAAAGAGGGUCAGGAAUUGAGUGCAUUUGAUCAGCUUGAGUUGGGUCCAGUAAGAACAUUGUUGAAUGGGGCUAUUGCUGGUGCAUGUGCAGAAGCUGCUACGUACCCAUUUGAAGUGGUGAGGAGGCGACUUCAAUUGCAAGUUCAGGCUACUAAAUUAAGUUCUUUUGCAACGUUUGUCAAAAUAGUUGAACAGGGAGGCAUUCCAGCUCUCUAUGCAGGACUUGUUCCCAGCUUAUUGCAGGUACUUCCUUCAGCUUCAAUAAGUUUCUUUGUCUAUGAGUUCAUGAAGAUUGUUCUGAAAGUGGAGUAGACUACGAAUAGACUCAGGUAUAUAAAAUGAUAAGAAGCUGUAGCAUGAUCACGGGCGAGCAGCUAAAAUGGUUACAGAAUGGUAACGAUAAAUUUUAAUUGGCAAUCGAAUUUGAUGUCUGCUUUUGAGGGUGAAAGCAAAGUUCAGGUCUACCAUCCCGUAGGACCGAUCACUGUACCCUUGCCACGUGUAUUACCAGUAGAAUUUUUGGAUUGACUCUGCAGUCAACAUACCCAGGCUACAGCUCUACAAAGUGAAAAUAUAUCUAUCUAGUCACUCCCAGAUAUUGACUCGUAUUCUCAUUAGGUUUAGACAAUUUUGUUAGCUUUUUUCAAUCAGGCACAAAUUCUUUAUCCUUAUCAGGGGGUGCACAAGCAAAGGCCAUUUACUUUGGGUUGUAAACUGAAACUUUGCUUAUCAAUUAUUCUUGUGCUUUGCUUGCA